AUGUCUAUAGAGUCUGUUUCCUCGUUUGAUAGAAAAACCGUUGAGGAAGUAAUACCAGACGAUACUGGCUCAGACGUACUCGCUGAACGCCAAUUGGGGGUGCCCAGUGCAGUAUUUUUGAUAAUUAACAAGAUUAUAGGCGCAGGUAUAUUCUCUACACCUGGAACGGUGCUCAAGAAGUCAGGUAGCGUUGGCCUUGCCUUGAUUUUGUGGCUGGUAGGUGGUAUUAUUUCCGCCUGUGGUAGUAUUGUGUUACUGGAAUUGGGUACAGGUGUGCCUGUGUCUGGUGGGGUAAAAAACUAUCUUGAAAGAUUCAUUCCGUCUCGUCGCCUAGCUGGAACAUGUCUAUAUGUAUUCUACUGCAUAAUAUUGCAGGUUUCAGCUGGAAACUGUAUUACGUUUUCAAAUUAUUUACUCCUCGCUACGCAAACUGAGGUUACAACAUGGAAGCUGCGCGGCGUUGGAAUCGCUGGGAUAUCAUUUGCAAUAUUACUUUUUGCUUUCUUUCCCAAAAUUGCUAUGAAGAUCAACAAUCUACUCGGAGUCGUCAAGGUGUUUAUGUUAUUGUUUGUUAUUGCUACUGGUUUUGCUGCUCUUGGAGGGGCCAUCAAGGUAGAUAAACCUGACAAUUUCAACACAAGUACUUUGUUUGAUGGAACGCUUAAUAAUGCGUCAAAUAUAUCAUCUGCACUUUUGAGUGCAAUUUAUUCCUAUCAAGGCUAUGAUAAUGCUAAUGCGGUGUUGAGUGAAGUGAAGAACCCAGUUCGAACCCUUAAAAUAGCUCUUCCUCUGGCAAUGUCAAUGGUGACUAUAUUGAAUAUACUGGCCAAUGUUGCAUAUUUCUCUGGUGUGUCGUUAGACCAGUUCCAUAAUUCCAGUGUAACAGUUGCUGGAAGCCUUUUCAGUAAUGUGUUCGGCGAAAACGCAGGUACAAGAGCAUUACCAGCAUUGGUGUCACUAUCGGCCUUAGGACAUCUAAUAGGUAUAUCAAAGACAAUCCCAGUAAUCAUUCAGGAACUUUCAAAAGAGGGUGCUUUGUUGUUUAAUAAUAUUUUUACAACAUCAAAACCAUAUGGCACACCGAUAGCUGCUCUGGCACUACACUUGAUAGUCACAAUCAUAUUUGUCGUGGCACCGCCAGCUAACGAAGCUUUCGAUUUCAUUACUUCGCUAUCUAGCUACCCAACUACACUGAUGUUUUUUCUGUGUAGCUUGGGAAUACUAAAGUUGAGGUAUUAUGACAAAGAUUGGGAUCCUCCAUUCAAGAGCCCUUUGAUAAUCAUUGUUUCUUUCAUUAUAGCCAGUCUCUUUCUUCUUAUUGCACCUUUCCUUCCACCUGAACACAACAGCUCAAAAAUACCUUAUUAUCUAUCAAGUGUUGUUGCUUUGGCAAUAGCUUUUCUCGGUAUACCGUAUUACCUUGUUCGCUUUAUUCUACUUCCAAAAAUGUUCAAGUAUGAGCUUGUGCCAGAAGUAAGACACUUACCUGAUGGGUCAAGGGUGACGCGAUAUCAAAAAGUUUCUACUAAUUAA